AUGGCUGUCGUCGCCUCGGCGUCGCCUAUCCAGCGGACUGCUGGUAGAGACGCUGCAGGCAAGGACCUAGUCGGUCGCUCGCCGCAAAGUCAAAACGGCGUGCCGGCCGUGCCCGUAGCAAACGGUGCUCCGGCUCCCAAGCAAAGCGCUCCUCUCCCCCCGGCUCCGGGUCAGAAUUCGACGCCCCUCCCUCCUCAGGCGCCGACGCCGAGCGUGCCCCUUCCAACAUCGAACGUGCCCCUUCCGACAUCGAACGUGCCCCCUCCAGCACCACAGGCGCCCGCUCCGGCGCCGGCGGCCGAGGACUCGGAGGCCGCGGCCCUGAAGAAGACCCCGCCAGUCGCUGGGUUAAUGAACGUCAAUGGGCUCGAUCUCGCGGCCAUGCUCGACUCAUUCUUCAAGGGGCUGCACGGCAACCACGGCAUGUGA